GAUUGAAAAAAAUUGAUGGCGUCUAUGUUCGCGAGUGCAAUUGUUACCAUGGUUAAUCUUGAAAAUUUCCAUUAAAAAAUUAAAAUAACGUUUUUGGAUGGUAGUGAUAAUCAGGCAGAGUGAAGUUAAAAAAUAGAGAGCGAGAGAGCGAGGGAGUGAAAGAGAGAGAGAGAAAGGGUGAGAAAGACAGAAUAAAAGGAUAAAAUAUUGUACAACCUUUUGUGUGAGAGAAUCUAUGCAAAACGUAUAGAAAAGGAGAUCAACAAGGAAGCGUAUUGUGUUGGAAGAUAUAAAACAUACCGUGCGCCUGCGGGUGCGCACACCAAGACACUGACUUUCGCCGCUAAUAAUUCCGUGUUUGGAAUAUGAUAGGUUUAAGUCGUCGUGGAGUUAAUGCAGGACCGCCAUUGAGUUUACCAUCUACGCUGGAGGACUCUACUAAUAACUGGAAAGGAACGCCUUCGGGUCCUGCCGACCCUUCGCAGCAAGGACCUGGAGGGUCAGGCGGUCCAGUAGGACCAGGAAGUGGUGGUAAUGGUGGUCCUGGUGGCCCUGGUGGUCCAGGAGGCCAAGGUCCUGGAGUAAACAGCUUUGGAGGUCCUGGUGGAGCAAACAAUUUUGGUGGUCCAGUGUUUCCUGCCGCCGGACAAGGUUCGCCAGCUGGUGGAUCUGCAUCCAAUAGUUAUCAGAAUCUCCCACCGGGUACCGGUUCAAACACACCACAAUAUACAGCGUCUCCUGCGCCAUCGGGAUCAUCGACUCCUGGACCUGGUCCUCCGCAAAAUGUUGGCUCUGGAUUUCCGCCACCAAAUUCCGGUGGUCCCACAGGGCCAGGAGGGCCAUACAACGGUCCCGGUGGAGGUGGUCCUGUAGCUGUGGGUCCUUUUAGCUCUCCAUCUGCUAAUGGUCCUCAAUUCGGACGGCCAGGCAGCUCGGGAUCUGCAUUUGGAAGUGGUCCGCAUUUUACAUCUCCUAGCGGACCAGGUAAUUUUGGUGGCCCACAAUUCGGCAUGCCGCCUGGUUCCCCAUUCGGCCAUGGUCCUAAUGGAUCAAAUAUGGGAGGACCGAUGGGUCAGGGGCAUAUAAUGGGCGGACCACAAGCCGUGGACCGCAUGGAUCAAAGUCAAUUGAAUGUUCCCAGAAGGCAUGCAUACUUUGGACAACCGGAUUACAGAAUCUAUGAGCUAAACAAACGCUUACAACAAAGAACUGAGGAAAGUGAUAACUGUUGGUGGGAUUCGUUUGCAAAUGAGUUUUUCGAAGAUGAUGCUACACUAACUUUAACCUUUUGUUUGGAGGAUGGACCAAAAAGAUAUACUAUAGGACGUACAUUAAUUCCACGGUAUUUUAGGAGUAUCUUCGAAGGCGGAGUAACGGAGUUGUACUUUAAUUUGCGACACUCCAAAGAAUCUUUUCACAACACGUCGAUCACACUUGACUGUGAUCAGUGUACUAUGGAAACUAUUCACGGGAAACCAAUGUACACAAAGGUACUCACUGAGGGUAGACUUAUUUUGGAAUUCACAUUUGAUGAUUUGAUGCGGAUAAAAUCGUGGCACAUGGCGGUUCGAACACACAGAGAGUUAAUACCACGAUCAGUAAUUGCACUCCACAGUCCUCAACCAGAUCCCGCAAUGCUAGAACAAUUGUCGAAAAAUAUCACCAGACAAGGAAUCACGAAUUCAACAUUAAACUAUCUGCGCCUGUGUGUUAUACUGGAGCCGAUGCAGGAAUUGAUGUCCAGGCAUAAAGCUUACGCGCUGAGCCCGCGGGAUUGUCUAAAAACGACAUUGUUCCAAAAGUGGCAACGGAUGGUUGCACCGCCGGAUGCACAAAGACCAGCAAAUAAAAGGAGGAAACGUAAGGGUUCCAGUUCUGGAGCGGGAGCAGGUAACGCUGGUCCACAGGUUCCCAGCAAAAAGCGUUCUCCAGGUCCCAAUUUUUCACUGGCGUCUCAGGACGUUAUGGUGGUCGGAGAACCCUCGCUGAUGGGCGGAGAAUUUGGCGACGAAGAUGAACGGUUGAUCACCCGCCUCGAAAACACACAAUACGAUGCAGCUAACAACCUCGAGCAUGAUGGUCACAACGCAUUUGGUGGCGGUGGAGGUGGCCAUAACGAUGGUGUUCCAAUGAGCGGUGGCCCAACCUCCUGGCAAGUUGAUCGAGGCGGUGGCGGUCCUCCAAACAACUCCGGAGCCGGCGGUCAAGAUGGUGGCAAAAAGAGUCCUUCUGUGUCUCAGUGACAAAUGUAAAAUCCAAUGCACUUACUUCCAUACAUAUUCGGAUAAUCCGAGUUAAAGUAAAUACGGUGCAUUGGUCUAUUGCUUCGGUAAAUCAUCAUUAUUACAAUAGUAAGUCACAAACGCGUCAUACAUUCGCGGAUGCCUGAGAAAUGGUAAGCAGCUUAAAUAACUAGGCUCAGUGAGAAUGGGACAGACAUUUGCUACACAAGAGUGAAUCUUGAAUGGAAGGAAGGAAUAGAGAGCGAGAAAGAAAGAGAGAGAAAUAUAGAUAGAGAGAGAGAGGUCUUAGUCGGUGGAUAUGAGAAAUUAGGGCUGGUCGAAGUUUUCCAUUUGGUUCGUCUCCAUCCGUUAAUUUUAGAGACUGUGCUGUACAUCAUUACAAUUCCUCACUAAAUCUGUACACUGAUGAAAAGCAAAAUGUUUCUGAAGGAUAUCACGUAUUACAAUUUACUGGAACACACAGCUAUGCUUAUGGUGCAAUAGAGAAUUAGCUCUUAUUCUCAGAGCAGAAAGAAAACAUAAGGUUUGCCGUGUUCAGGGAUUCUAAUUCUGGUGUGCGAGGUGAUUUUUGACCGUGUUACCAAACAUAUACUUGUAGAUAUUCUUUUCCGCACUUACAAAAUUCAUAACACUACUUAGCGGAUCGUUAGAGUGCAAUUGUACGCUUGACUGUGUGCGAGAGAGUAUGCAUGAAUCACGAUUUAUGUGCGAUAAUGUUUGCCUGAGGGGUGUGUGCAUGCUUUGGAGUGAAUGUUUUGCUGUAAGUAUGUACCGAAUGCCUGGUAUGGAUGGAAAUGUGAAGCGAUCUAUGUGGAGCAAAGUGACAGUAAAAGAUAAAAAGAAAGAGAAAUCAGGAAUUGCCGUCUUAAUUGUUUUAAAAAUAUCAUAUUAUUAACCACAUAUGAAAUGCGACGAUAACACGGAUAAAUGAUAAGAUGUCUGGAUUGAGACGGAUAAAUGGAUUGUGCUGAUCGGAUGUAACGAUUGCUAGCAUGUAUAUGCGGCUAUUUACACGUUGAUGGAAUAUUUGAACUCUACCACCAUAUAGGGCUUGAAUGAUACGGUGAAUAAGGAAAUGAGAAUGUAUAUGGUUGAGGUAUGUAGAGAGCUAAAUUUCAUAAAGUAUAUACAUAAUGUGAAUAAUAAAAAUGGAGGAUUGUGUAUAGCAGUAAACG